AUGGAAUUGUUCACCUCAUACCCCCCAGAAAUCAUCGCCCGGGUGUUGGCCAGCUGUGACAGCUUCAAUGACGCGUUCGCUCUUGCCAGCUCCUGUCAGUAUACUUACGCAGUGUGGUUGGACCAUGGCGCGAGCAUCAUCCAUAGCAUUGGCACGCGAACAAUCCCCGCGUACGAACAUGCUGUCGUUGCCGUGCGCGCCACAAAUACAGUCAAAGAAGCCUUCCACGCCGGCCGGCUACCACCUAAUAUGACGCAUGAUGAUAUCGAAGAGCUGGAGCCCUCUCACCAAAAGUGCCGUUUGCCCGAGUUGGCGGACUUACUUGCGUUCUGUCAUCUGGCUGCGUGUCUGGAGUACGCGUACUUUCACUUUGAGGAACACGGGUAUACAUGUGUAUUAUGCCCCGAGAUCAAAGAUGUCACCUGGUGUACCAAAGACGACACCGUAUUCGAUCAACGUUUUCACGAUUUCCAAGAAAAAUUCCAUCGAGUGCUAUACAAAAACCUUCUCGCUGGCGCUUUCUUAUGGAAGUCCCACAAUGAGCUAUUCAUCAAAGCUGCCGCAGACGGGGCUGGGAAACGCUUUCUCGAGGAGCUUCGAUCACUGCAAGCUCGCGGAGAUUGGCAAGGUCUUUCGGACGACAGCCAGGCAUACAUUGCAGAGUUUCCGGUGUACGACGUUCACAAGAUGACACCAGCCAGCCAAGAACAGGUAUUCGGGCAUAUUGCUCGUUACUUGAUAGAAGACAUCGCCCUUAUCCCAGACCCGGCCUGUGCCGCCGAAGCACCAUGGGAGGUGAUGGCUUCCAUCUAUGCCCACGAGUAUCACUCACCCCAGUUCUUUAACGCCGGUGGAAAGCAUCGCCAUGGCAGGCCGCCGUUCAAGAACUCAACUGCUUCUGACCUGCCUCCCACGCGUAAAGUGACAGUUGUUCUGUUUGGGGAGUUUCAAUUGGAAGAGGUAUCGAUGCCUAUCAACAUCGAGGACAUGCAUCGUACUCGACUGGUAGCGACUCAAUUACAGGCCUCAUCCUCAGAGAGUGCACAGGACGGCAACCCCUUCGCUUGCCAUGGUUUCGACAUAGCGGUAACUCUGCGAGAUCGGUAUUUGUUUCUCGGUGGUGAGGAGGCGUGGGAGGACUGUGCUCCACACCCUCCUCUCCAGCUGUACACCUUCAUGCUGAAAAAGUACUAUGGACUUGGAUUCAGUCCAUGCGUGUUUGACCUGACAUUUGAAGAAGGGUACUAUCUGACGUUUCUCUCGGAAACAAUUUUUGGUCACGACUACCACACUGGAUUGGACCCGAAUUUUUCAGGUUUGCUGAAUGCUUGCAGUCGAAACUGA